AUGAAGAAGGGCGGUUUGAGCGAUUUCGCCGAUUUUCGCGAUGAGGACCUCAAUUGCACACAGGGAAUCCAAUGGAUCAAGGACGUUUUCACUGAUUGCGUUGAUACAGAUCUCAAAUUGAUCGGAUUUGUUAUCGGGUUGAUCUCGCUGGCCCUCUGGCUGAUUCCAUUGUUUCCCCAAUUAUGGCAAAACUAUAAAACGAAGAAGUGCGAUGGAAUCUCGUUGGCCUUCCUCUUCUUCUGGCUUGUCGGUGAUACGUGCAAUAUGCUUGGAGCAAUGUUGACCAAUCAGCAGCCAAUUCAGAAGAUUAUUGGAGUUUAUUACAUCAUUCAGGACCUCGUCCUUUGGAUGCAAUAUGGCUAUUACACGAAAAUAUAUCCAAAGAAGCAUUCCAGUCAUCGAAGCGGCACAAUUGUCGUUCCAUGUUUGGCGAUCGCCUCGUUCGGCUCGUUUUGUCUGUUCGACUCGCUGAUUCAAGACGAUGUUGGAUUGAGGCCGAAGCGAUCGAUCGUCUUCGGCUAUAAUGCGAAUAUGCCUUUCGAGAACUCAUGGCAAAAGUUUCCGAUAUUCGAGAGCUACAGCGAUAUGCUCGGCUACAUCAUCGGCUCCGUCGCGGCUCUCUGCUAUUUUGGAGGCAGAAUCCCGCAAAUCAUCAAGAACUACCAAAGAAGAAGUUGUGAGGGAUUGUCGCUCACCAUGUUCUACAUAAUAGUCGCCGCCAAUUUCACCUACGGUAUUUCCGUGCUUUUGGCAACCACGGGAUGGAUCUAUCUGCUUAGGCAUUUGCCUUGGCUUGCCGGCAGUUUGGGAUGUUGUGUGUUCGACGCCAUCAUGAUUUCGCAGUACUACUAUUAUCGGUCGAAAUCGCCGCCGGCUGAUGAGGUUGAACGAGCCGGUCUCCUUCAAACCGCCGAGAACGAUUCGGAAUAG